CCUCUUCUUUCACGAAGCAAACCUCUGAGCCUCCAAACUGCCUUUGCGCCUGUCUUUGCCUUAGUUGCUGUUGUGCUCCACUCAGAUCGCCGACCUUCAACGACCAACAACAUCAGCAUGGCGGACAAGGCUGUGACUAUCCGAACCAGGAAGUUUAUGACCAACAGGCUUCUCUCCAGAAAGCAAUUCGUCAUUGAUGUUCUUCAUCCAGGAAGAGCCAAUGUUUCGAAGGCUGAGCUGAAGGAGAAGUUAGCAAGAAUGUACGAAGUGAAAGACCCAAACUCGAUCUUUGUUUUCAAGUUCCGGACUCACUUUGGAGGUGGAAAAUCAACAGGUUUUGGUUUGAUUUAUGAUUCUGUUGAGAAUGCAAAGAAAUAUGAACCCAAGUACAGGCUCAUCAGGAAUGGACUUGAUACUAAGGUAGAGAAGUCGAGGAAGCAGAUGAAGGAGAGGAAAAACAGGGCGAAGAAGAUACGUGGAGUAAAGAAGACAAAGGCUUCAGAUGCUGCCAAGGCUGGAAAGAAGAAAUGAGUUUUCAGGAGUUUUGUGCUGAUCAAUGCUGAUUCGCACCAAUGGAUUUUAUCUAAUGGCUAUAAUUUCUUGUUAGGGACUUUCAAAGUAAAAUCUUUCGGUGUUAGUGUUAAUGUUUGUUUUCUGAUCUUUUGUUGACAGUCAAGACAUCGAGUAUUUUGCCUAGCACAAUUUUGAAAUUUGAGUGGCAACACAUUUUCAGUA